AUCACUCUGCCUAAGCCAGUCUCCUCACAAACCAUUGCUCUCAUCUUACCUACCUUUAACUAUUUCAAGGAUUCAUUUCAUUCACCUUCAUUGAGAAAUGGCUGAAGGAGCUCUCUUCAUCGUAGCUGAAGGAAUCAUUGGCCAACUGGGCAACCAAGCUCUCAAAGAGUUUGGACUGAUCUGGGGUGUCAAAGAGGAGCUUCAAAAGCUCGAGGACACUGUUUCAACCAUCAAAGCUGUCAUUCUGGAUGCAGAGGAGAAACAGGCGCAGAAUCAUACCAUCAAGAAUUGGCUGGGAAGGCUGAAAGAUGCACUUUUUGAAGCGGACGACUUGCUGGAUGACUUUUCCACUGAAGUUUUACGACGGGAAGUGAUGACUAGGAAUAAGAAGGCGAAAGAGGUACGCGUCUUCUUUUCCAAAUCGAACCAACUUGCAUAUGGUCUUAAAAUGGGUCAUAAGAUUCAGGCCAUUAGGGAGAGACUAGAUGCUAUUGCAGAGGAUAGGAAGAAGUUCCACUUAGAUGAACGUCCUAGGGAGACACAAGUCACAAAUCCGAUUAGGGAGACUGAUUAUUUUGUACGUGCUGAAACUGUUAUUGGAAGGGAGUUUGAUAAGAAAGUGAUCUUAGAGCGUUUAUUGGAUUCCAAUAUUGAAGAAAAUGUUUCAGUUUAUUCAAUAGUUGGAAUCGGAGGGCUAGGCAAAACCACAUUAGCUCAAUUAGUAUUCAAUGAUGAAGAAAUCAAAAAAGAAUUUGAGAGAGAAUUUUGGGUGUGUGUCUCUGAUGAUUUUGAUGUAAAUAUAAUUGUUAAGAAAAUCCUAGAAUAUGCAAAAGGUAAGAAACUAGAAAACCUUGAAAGGAACGCAUCAAUAAAUGAUCUUCAAAAAGAGAUUGAUGGAAAGAGAUUCUUACUUGUAUUAGACGAUGUGUGGAAUGAUGAUAUAGAAAAAUGGGAUAGGCUAAAAGAAAUUUUACUGGGUGGUGCAAGAGGCAGUAGAAUAUUGGUGACUACACGUGAGGAAAAGGUUGCAGAGAGUUCAAAAACUAUUGAAACACACCGUUUAACGGGUUUAAAUGAUGGGGACUCUUGGUCUUUAUUUAAGCAAAAGGCAUUUAAAAAAGGACAAGAACAAGAAAAUUCAAAAUUUAAGGAAAUUGGAAUGGAAAUCAUUAGUAAGUGCAAAGGAGUUCCAAUUGCCAUAAAGACUAUAGGAAGCCUAUUGUACUCUAAAAAAUCUGAAGAGGAAUGGUUGUCCUUCAAAAAUAAUGAAUUUUCAAAGGUAAAUGAAAGUGAUAUCCUACCAACCCUAAGGUUGAGUUAUGAUCAUCUCCCAUCACACUUGAAACAAUGUUUUGCUUAUUGUAGUUUAUUUCCAAAGGAUUAUGAGUUUGAAAAAGAGGAAUUAAUUAAGCUAUGGAUGGCACAAGGGUUCAUUAGGCUAUCAGGUCAAAACCAAUGCUUAGAAGAUGUUGGUCAUAAGUAUUUUAUGGAAUUACUUUGGAGAUCAUUCUUUCAAAAAGACAGAAGAUCUAUAUUCAAAAUACAUGACCUCAUGCAUGAUCUUGCGAUAUUAGUAGCGGGACUAGAGAGCACCACUUUUGAAAUAAAUGGGAAAAGAAUUGAAGAAAAAACCUAUCAUGUGUCAUUUGGUUUUGAUUUAGGCUCAUCAAAGCAAAUUCCAAACUCAUUGUUUAAAGCAAGCAGGAUAAGAACAUUUCUUUUGCCUAGUCAAACUUAUGAUCCAAAUCAAAUGGUAUGGAACAAGUCAACUUGUGAUGCAUUUGUUUCAAGUUUUAAGUUCUUACGCUUGUUAGAUUUGAACAGGACUGGCAUUAGGAGUGUUCCACAUUCUAUUGGAAAGUUGAAGCAUUUAAGGCACCUUGAUCUUUCAUUGAAUGGCAUAAAGAUGCUUCCUAAUUCAAUUACAAGGUUGCAAAAUUUGGAGAUACUAAAUCUCUAUAACUGUGAUGAACUUGUAGAAUUGCCAAGAAAUAUUUCUAGAUUAGUCAAUCUUAGGCAUCUUAUCACUGUAAGAUGCUAUAGAUUGACUCAUAUGCCACGUGGACUUGGGCAAUUGACUAAUCUCCAAUCACUAGCUGAGUAUGUGUUGAGUACGGACUCUAAGAGUGGUAGUGGGUUGAAGGAACUUCACGGAUUAAACCAGCUGAGAAAAAAUCUAAGGAUUAAAAAUCUGAGACACAAGAAAGAUGCUGAAUUAGAAUAUAAGUCAUGUUUGAAAGAAAAACAACACCUUAAAGGUUUGGUGUUAGAGUGGAUAGAAAGAGAAGUGGAUGUUGAGUACGAUGAGAUGUCAGUCGAAGCUUUGGAACCAAACCAAAAUCUUAAAAGUUUGGAAUUAAAAAGCUACAGGGGAGUAAAAUAUCCAAGCUGGCUUUCUUCACUUAAAAAUCUUGUAAGGCUUAAGUUAGAUUCAUUGAAGAAUAGCCAAGAUGUGCUACCAUUGCAUCAAUUUCCUUCUCUCAAAACUCUCUAUUUGAAGGAUAUUCCUUCUCUUGAGUACGUAACAGAGAGUUUUAAACUUCCACCCCUAAAAUCCCUCGAAAUUUGGAAUUGUCCUAAUCUAAAGGGAUGGUGGAGGAGGAGCGACUCCAUCGAGGAGGACGAAGAUGACGCCGAUAAUUACGGUGAAAUAUCGACGAUAACAGCAAAGAAUUAUUCUCUUCCUUCAUUUUGUCACCUUUCCACUCUAGACAUUUUUGGUUGCCCUAAACUAUCUUCCAUGCCUUUAUUUCCUUAUCUUGAAAAACUAAAGCUGCGAAACUCUAAUUUGAGGCCAUUGGAGCGAACAAUAUCGAUGGGAAUGAUAAAUACGACAUCUCAGCAAAACCCAACAACAACAGCAGUAGCAGAGUCAACCUCGUCUGCUCGUUCUUAUUCUUCUUCAACACUUGCCGCCUCAUUCACCCCUCUCUCCAAAUUAAAAUAUUUGAAUAUUGGUAUGAUAGAAGGCAGUGAUGGUCAUGUCCUUCAAUCUAUACAUCUGACUGCACUUGAGGAAUUUUGGUUAUAUAAUUAUAAUGGGGAUGGGAUGGAAUUGGAAUGGCUUCAACAGGCCACCUCUCUGCGAAAUCUCAACAUUUAUAUUUGUCCAAGUUUGACGACAUUGACGGAGUGGAUCUGUGAAAUCAUAUCUCUUCAAUCACUCAGUAUUUAUGGUUGCCCCAAUUUCACUUCAUUGCCUGCCCUAACGUCUCUUCAAUCACUCUCUAUUUCUGGUUCCCCCAAUUUCACUUCAUUGCCUGCCCUAACGUCUCUUCAAUCAUUCAGUAUUUAUGGUUGCCCCAAUUUCAAUUUCACUUCAUUGCCUGCCCUAACGUCUCUUCAGUCAUUCAGUAUUUAUGGUUGCCCCAAUUUCACUUCAUUGCCUGCCCUAACGUCUCUUAAAUCACUCUCUAUUUCUGGUUGCCCCAAUUUCACUUCAUUGCCUGCCCUAACGUCUCUUCAAUCACUCGAUAUUUCUGGUUGCCCCAAUUUCACUUCAUUGCCUGCCCUAACGUCUCUUCAAUCACUCCAUAUUUUUGAUUGCCCCAAUUUCACUUCAUUGCCUGCCCUAACGUCUUUGAAGACACUGGACAUUCGGAGGUGUCCCAUUUUAGUAGAAAGUUGCAAGAGCCAGGAUUGGGUUGCUCGCAUCGAAAACUUGAGAGGAGAUCUAGCUCCACCAAAAGAAGAAGAUCCAGAACAAAGUCGGGGCUUUACCAAAUUUUUUGGGCGUUGCAGUGGUUCAACAAGUCAAUAGCUCAGUGGUGAAUAAUUAUAAUUAUUUAGAGGUGAGGAUCAUCAAUUGCUGAUAAGGAGAUAAUAUUUGUGGGGAGAAGUAUAUCUGGCAGAAGAAUUAGCUUAUGCAGCUUGCGUUGGAUUUAGAUCAUAAUUCAUAAGUUGAUAUUCGUGGUAGCAACACUUGGAUAAAGGAAAAGUGGUUGCUUAUUGGCUUUCUCCUUGAAUUCAAAUGCUACAAAGGUGAAAAUGCUCCGGAAUGACCUGAGACAGCUUAUAUCCCUGAGACUAAAUUGAAUGUAUAUAGACCGACCAAUACCAUAACUCCAUAAAAAGGCAGAUAUGUAGAUGAUAGCCACAACCUAAAUGCAGUGGAUAGUCACCUGUGAAAUGUAGAAAAAGCAUCAAUUCAUGGGAGGAGUGUGGAAAUUAUUGGGAUUCUACAAUGUGCUUGGAUAUGACAGCCUUCCUUCUUAAUAGCAUUCAGCCUAUUGAUUUCACACAUCAUCAAAAAGAAUAAGUAUCACUGGCUAUCCCAAUUAUGGCUACAAUGGUAGAGGCAAACAGGAAAAUUUUGGCAUAAAUCUGUUCUUAUAUUUGACUGUGGAACUGUAUUUAUGAGAAUAAGAUUCAGGAUUUGUUGCAUCUUUGACUUCUUUUGUGGGAAAUGUAGAGACCAGCAGCAAUUCAGGAGGUGGAUGGGGAAAUCAGUGGGGGGAUUCUGCAAUUUGCUUGAACCAGAUUCAGAAUUUUCUGCCACUUUGACUUCUUUAGAAUCAAUUUCCCCAUGUUCUUCUACUUCUAUUGUGCAUCGAGAUCAUCCCCUUUUCUCUAGACCCUCUCCCUGCUAAAAAAAUCUUAUUCUGCAACAGAGUCCAAUGAGGGAGUUCAAAACUGAAUCUAGUUUUGACCCUCAUUGAGGAUACCAAGGAAUGAGGCAAAGCCAGAAGAGGUGCCCCUAAUGAGGUCUCUAGCCUGGCGGCUUCCUACACAAGUGCAUUUUCUUCGAGAUGAAACUACAAACUUUAAGAUGUAUGAAACCCUUAAAGAGGAGGUCAGACAUUGAUGCUUAUGACGCAAUAGGAAAGAUAUUAGAUGACAUAAAUGUAGAUACAGAAGUUAAUUAUGUUUAUUUCAGUCAAUUAACUUUAUUGAAUCAGAAAAUAUAGUUAAUUGAUUCUAAUUCUAUAUUCCAGCUGGCAAAACUUGAGCUUUGGCUGGAUAAAUCAAAAGUGGGAAGCCAAUAGUUAUCAGUUCUCCAAAUUGAUACAAUGAUCUUCAGGUGGGCAAAGCUCUUAUGGAUAAUAUGAAUCUCAAAAAGUUUCAGAUUAAAUGGAGUAAGGUAAAUUUGGUCUUGUCAGCCAAUUGACUAAAAGUUCAAAAGACAAUGUUAAUACUUUCAGCAUUACUGUUUGACCUUGUCUGAGAACAUAGACCCAAGUAGCAAAAGACAAAGCUUUUGAUGCUUCCUUAUUAGCAAUGAUAGAUUCAAAGUACAGGGUACAGGAUGAGCUUCAUCAUGUAAGCUUUAGAUAUCCAACUAGGCUGGAUAUUCAGGUUUUCCAAGGCCUCAUCUUUGCCAUUCAUUUUGGCAAAGUUAAAUUUUAUUUUCAAAUUGUGUUUUACUACCUUUUUACUUCUAUACAGCUUUAGCACCAAAGCUUUGCUGGAUUUUUUUUUUUUAAAUGAUCAAGUCAUAAUUGAAAAAAGAAAAAAAAAUGAAAGAUUCAUCAAGUCAUAAUUGUAUUGUUGUCACUCUCUUCCUUCAAUAAGUCACAAUUGUUGGAAACAGUGGAAAUGGGGAAUGCAUAGUGACUGCAAUAUUUCAAAGAUCUUUUAAUCCUAAAUCCUUACCUGAUGGAAUUGAAAAUUGUAAGGUUAAAUGGAAGUGGAUGAGCUGGUAGAUUGGUCUUGUCAGUCAAAAAUCAUUUUUGUUCAAUGAUGCAUCCAUGCCAACACUGCAUAUGAGAGAAGGAAAUGCAAAUGAGGUGGAAAGCAAAGCUGCAUCAAAGUUACAAGCGCGCAAAGGUUUGUUAGUAGCUUCCGACAGGUUAGUACAGUAAAAUAUUUUGCUAAACUCAUCAUUUGAUAGUUCUUAAUGAUCCAAGUUACUAAGUCAAUUGAGCUACUUUAGAGUAAAAUAACAUUAAAUAGCUUUCAAUGGAUAAAGCAAAAGUGGAAGUAUUAUUACUUCAAUCUUUUUCCUCUCUACAAUUGAUAAAUGUAGGAUUAUAAUUUUUUUUUUCUUUUUUUGGAGUUCAGCAUUUGCUUGUGACUCUUACAGACUCAUUGGACCAUACUGCUUCAUUUAGUUUCUGUCAAAUAAAAUGCAGGACUGUCAUAUCAUGGUAAUACUAUGACAAUUCCAAUUAUCCAGCAGGCAGACGAAACAGGUAGCCACCAGUUGUCCAAGAUACUGCUUUAAAUAAGGCUACAAAUACACUCAAAGCUGAACCUGAACGAAUAAUUCAAGAUGCACUGAACCAAGUGAUGGUGAACCAGGCUACAACUGUCAUGGCCUGUCCAUUAUCUGAAGGUGAUCAAAAUUAAAUUAUCAGAGAGAAAGGAGAGCUGGAGAUUUUGAUUGUGAAUUUACCAACUUGACAAACUGAGAAGGGCCAGCAUUUUCUGCUGCGGAGUUGCGAAUAAUAAUAAGGUCCAGGUAUUUCACAAACAUUUAGGUCACAUGUCAAGAGGAUAUGAAGUUAAUUGCUAUCACCUAGUGGUGCAAUCGGAUGCAGACAAAUCUGUUACUAGCUUAAUGGAAAUUCAUCUACUAUCAAUGUUCUUGCACUUCAAUUCUAUAAGAGAGGGAAACUAUAUACCUAGUUAUUAAUCUAAAAGCUAAUGAGGAACAACUGGAGAUUAGAUCUCACAGAGUCUUGCAUGUGUUCAACAAAAGAAAUACUCCUAAUACACUCUGCAGAGGCACCCUCCCACAACCAAGUGCAGAGCUAAACCUGAAACAAUGUCUAAGCCUUUCAGGGGUAACAGUAGGUGUGUCUCGUCUACAUAGCAUUGUAGUACCAUGCAGGCAGAGGAGAGAGGACAUUGAGGGAGCAAAAUGUUUCGUUCGCAUGUAACAAUGGCCUUGGCCAAUAGAAUUUUACCUGAUGUGGUGUACACUCUUCGCCUUCCCUUUAUAUAAGAGGAAGGAAAACUUGUAUUAAGACA